AUGAAGUUAGAUGAUGUUAUGAAAGAGUUGAUCCAACACAAGGAAGAUUUGGAACUGUUAACAACGGAUGAUCAACUAUAUAAGGCUGAACAAACAUGGGACAGACUGCUUGUAUUGAUACUGGAGUUGAAAGAACAGAAUUACAGCUUUAAAGUUAUAGUGCCUCGCUUACAGAGUAUUGGACUGGAAGAUAUCGCAGCUGAGUAUUUGGAGUAUAAUCGACCCAGUUUACAGGUAUUCAUAUAUUGUAACAAUAAUGGAUUGCUGUUCAUGACUAAACUAAUCAACAUGUGUUGUGUAGAUCGAAGUAAUGGAGUUUACUACAGUGUUUUUGAGUAUGGUAUACUAUGA